AUGAGCCGCAGCCCGCCGCGAGCCCUGCCCCCGGGCGCGCCCCCNNNGUUGCUCCCGGCCGCGCCUGCCGCCGCGCCGCGCGCCCUGCUCCCGCCGUGGCCCCGGCGCCCGGGCCGUCGCUGGCCCGCGUCCCCGCUCGGAAUGAAGGUGUUCCGCAGGAAGGCGCUGGUGCUGUGCGCGGGCUAUGCGCUGCUGCUGGUGCUCACCAUGCUCAACCUCCUGGACUACAAGUGGCACAAGGAGCCGCUGCAGCAGUGCAGCCCCGACGGGCCGCUGGGUGCCGCGGCGGGGGCGGCUGGGGGCGGCUGGGGGCGCCCGGGGCCUCCUCCGGCAGUGCCGCCCCGCGCACACACCCGCUUGGACCCCCGUACUCCGUACCGCCCUCCUGCCGCCGCCGCCGCCGUCGGGGCGGCCCCCGCCGCAGCAGCAGGCGCAGCAGGGGCGGUGGUCCCUCCCCGCAAUGGCACUCGGGGCACCGGGGCUGGCGGAGAGAAGAGGCAGUUGGUGUAUGUGUUCACCACGUGGCGCUCGGGCUCCUCUUUCUUCGGUGAGCUCUUCAACCAGAACCCCGAGGUGUUCUUUCUCUACGAGCCAGUGUGGCACGUGUGGCAAAAACUGUACCCAGGGGACGCUGUUUCCCUGCAAGGGGCUGCGCGGGACAUGCUGAGCGCUCUCUAUCGCUGCGACCUCUCGGUCUUCCAGCUGUACAGCCCCGCGGGCAGCGGGGGGCGCAACCUCACCACGCUGGGCAUUUUCGGUGCAGCCACCAACAAGGUGGUGUGCUCCUCGCCACUCUGCCCCGCCUACCGCAAGGAGGUCGUGGGGCUGGUGGACGAUCGCGUGUGCAAGAAGUGCCCGCCGCAGCGCUUGGCGCGCUUUGAGGAGGAGUGCCGCAAGUACCGCACGCUGGUCAUCAAGGGCGUGCGUGUCUUCGACGUGGCCGUGUUGGCGCCGCUGCUGCGCGACCCUGCCCUGGACCUCAAGGUCAUCCACCUAGUGCGCGAUCCGCGUGCCGUGGCCAGCUCACGCAUCCGCUCGCGCCACGGUCUCAUCCGUGAGAGCCUUCAGGUGGUGCGCAGCCGGGACCCGCGCGCCCACCGCAUGCCCUUCCUGGAGGCCGCUGGCCACAAGCUGGGCGUCAAGAAGGAGGGUGUGGGCGGCCCGGCGGACUACCACGCUCUUGGCGCUAUGGAGGUCAUCUGCAACAGCAUGGCCAAGACGCUGCAGACAGCCCUGCAGCCCCCUGACUGGCUGCAAGGCCACUACCUGGUAGUGCGGUACGAGGACCUAGUGGGAGACCCCGUCAAGACCCUACGGAGGGUGUACGACUUUGUGGGGCUGCUGGUGAGCCCCGAAAUGGAACAGUUUGCCCUCAACAUGACCAGUGGCUCAGGCUCCUCCUCUAAGCCCUUUGUGGUGUCUGCGCGCAACGCCACGCAGGCCGCCAACGCCUGGCGGACGGCCCUCACCUUCCAGCAGAUCAAACAGGUGGAGGAGUUUUGCUACCAGCCCAUGGCGGUGCUGGGCUAUGAGCGGGUCAAUAGUCCCGAGGAGGUCAAAGACCUCAGUAAGACCCUGCUCCGGAAGCCCCGGCUCUGAGAGGGUUUCCUGGGAGACCCGACUCCCUGUGGAGACACCCACAGGAGGAUUGUGGUGUAUUGCAACAAAAACAGCCCAGACCCAAACUGAGGAAGCCCACAUAUUCUAUUAUAGAUAUAUAGUAUAAAUAACCACACAGGCACUUGCUGUCAAUGUUUUGAGUCAUUGAAUUUCAAGGAACAGCCACAAUACGCACACAUCUCAGCAAAGGCAAGACUUGAAAGUUCUGACCAGCUCCCCUCCUCUCCUCUCCCCUGCCUUUUCUCCCUUCCUUUUUCUCCCCUUUCCUACCCUCUCUCCUACCUACCUUCCGUGUUGAAGUGGGAUGUUGAUUAAAUCAAGAUCCAGUAACCUAAAUCUUGUUUACAAAAUUUUCGUGGUAUCUGUGAACAUGUACAAGAGUAAUUUGGUCGUAAGGGGUGGGGUAGAGAAAGGGGAAGUUGGAAGUUGGCCCGAGCACAGAGCUCCAUUGGGCACGAUAGCCGAGGAGGCAUUCUUCUAAAAGUAGACUUGUGUAAAAAGCAAAGGUUCUCCGUGAGUAUUAAUAAAAAAGAUAAUAAAUAAUAUUCUUUUUAAUAUUUGCCUCCAUUACUUUGGAUUUACCUAUGCUACUUGUCCUGGGUAGCUUCAGACAGAAUUUGCUUCCCCUCCCCCCACCCCCCUUUCCCAGUCUGUUUCCUAGAAAACCGCUAAGGUGGGUGGGAGCAGCUUCUGACUCCUUGAUAAGAACCUUGGAGUUGUUUUCUCACAUAUAAAUCACAGCCUGUCAGGUGCGCAGGAAUGGGGACAGACCUUCGAAUUCUAAAGGCAAACACCAAACAAGGCAGUGGAGGGAAAAGCUCGCACUCCUUUCCUGUUCCACUUUGAGCACAGAAAUGAAGAAGCAGCUCCCUUGGGGGUUUGAAGCAUUGGAUUUUGAUUACUGUUCAGUUAAGGCUGGGGAACCUUGAAGCGGAGACAUGUUUUGGUUCUGAGGUUAGUUCAGAAAAAGGGUUUUUUGGAAGAAAAGUAUAUAAGUAAAAAAAAAAUUUCUGAUGAUUAAAACAGACCUCAAAAAUCAGCGUGAAGGUAUUGUUGACGAUGGUAGCAACUUCUUUGGUUAGAAAAAUGACAAGUCUAUAUGUCUGGAGUGUUUUCCUGCCUGUGACCCAGUACAUGGAGGUGUUUGAAAAGGGAAGUUUCACCUGUGAGCUAUAAGGGCACUCACAGGCUUCUCCUUUUCUUUCUUGCUUCUCAUUCAAAUCAGUGCAAAACAAGAAUAUGAAUUUAUCAUGGCUUACGUGGGAUGCCCAUGAGGGUGCAUUACUUUUCCUUACUGUGUUUCCUAAAAGUGAAAUUGCAAAGAAGCUAUAACAUGUUGCAGACAGUAGAAGGCUUCAGCCAAGAGCUUCUUUUAGAUAUGAAAAUGAAUUCUGGGAAAGAGGAAAUGAAAAUGAAUUAUGAGUAAAUGUGUUGGAUCUUGAGAUUUGGUAUUUUCCAGGGAGAAAACCAUGCCGGUUUUCUGGCAAUGGUAAUGUUGUGCUGCCAUCCCGAGCCCAUUUCUACUGAAGCAUUCUGUAGAAUGUCAUAUUACAGUACGAAGUUUUAAAGCCUAAAUAGGUACAAGAGACAGUGUAGUUAUAUAUUUCAUUAUAGACGUACAAGUUCGAGAUCAUCAUGACUUUAUUUUACUAUAAUUUUUGUGAAAUCUCGGCAGGCCAACCCGUGUUGGUUAAAUGCGGGGGAUUUGAAGGAAAAUAUGAUGAAAAAUAAUAUGUACAUGGGAAAGAUUUUAACCCAAGGUGAUCCUUAAGUAUAAGAAUGUAAGAAUCUUAAGCAUAAUUUUCAUUACAAUGUGAAAUCUGACUACACUGUUAAGAAUUCAAGAUAAAGAAGCACAGAAGUUAAAAAAAAGAGUUGUAUUUAGCAGUGGAUUUUAUAACAUACUCUAGAAUGGCUAGUUCUUAAUUUCCUAAAAUAGUUUAUUGUGUUUAUUAAACCAGAUGACAGCUAUAACACAUUGAUCAUGUUUUCUAUGAUAUUUUCAUGGUAGCGCCUCUGCGGAAUUAUCAUCGGCAGCAGUAGAAUAUUGCCAAUAGCUUUAAUUUAAGAAUACUUUAAAAUUAAAUGAAAAAAAUAAAUAUUAAUGUUGGAUGACUAUCGAUGAAAUAGGUUUAACAGGAAAUCAAGACAGCGUCAUUAAAAGGCAACCAUUCUGAAUAAAAUAACCAUUUAAAAACAAAUUUCAUGUGGCGUUAGAAUCAGCUCUUCUCACUUAAUCACAGUAAAAUUCAUGCUUCGUUUUUGAGUGAAGGGUUUUUUAAACAGUGGAAUUCAUUCUUCUCUCAGUAUAUCUAAGGACUUUGUGUUAAAGUAGAA